AUGGCGACUACUUACUUUCCUCCUCCACCGCAGGACCCUCAGUUCCCUCCACCCCCAAGAUCCGCAACUACUCAUUCGAACUCCCAAAGCCUAUCCGAAUUCUCGCAAUCGAAUUUCAGUUUCCCCGCGCCACAACGGCAGCAGACAGCGCCUGCCGUGAGCCCAUUCAUAGCGGAUCCCAAUGCCGCCGCGUACACCGCGAACGGUGAAAUCGGCAAUCCCUAUGGAGCAAAUUCCGUGUCACCCCCCCCUGAAUCAGUAACGCCUCCAUCCCUCCAAGCAGCCGUACAACCCCAAGCCGCCCCGGUCGUGUCGGCGGCAAGUCAAGAUGAAGUCGGCACAUUCAACGGCGGAAGCUACCGAAUCAGCCACCGGGACACCAACUCCGUGCUCACGAUGCAGCUGGCAAUGGGAUGUCCGAUUGAGGCUAAACCAGGAGCUAUGGUUGCAAUGUCUGGCGACAUUUCCCUCAGAGGAACAAUGAAAUUCGGCCUAGCGAAAAUGGUCGCCGGCGGUAUGACCGCCUCGAUCUACACGGGGCCUGGGGAAAUCCUACUGGCGCCGCCUUUCCUAGGCGACAUCAUUGUGCUCCGGAUGGACGGCUCAGAGCGAUGGAAGGUGGGCAAAGACGCGUUCCUGGCCAAAACAAGCGGCGUCGAGAAAGACUACAAGGCCCAGGGUAUGACCAAGGCUGUCUUCUCCGGUGAAGGUUUCAUCAUCUACCACAUGUCCGGGAUCGGUCUUGUAUGGCUUCAGAGUUUCGGUGCCAUCAUCAGGAAAGAUAUCCCCGAAGGAAAAACAUACCUAGUCGAUAAUGGGUAUAUUGUGGCAUGGAAUUGCAAGUACAAGAUCGAGCGAGCUGCGUCCGGUGGCCUGCUGUCGGCUUUCAGUUCCUCGGAAGGACUUGCGUGUAAAUUUGAGGGUCCUGGGACUGUCUACCUGCAGACGAGAAAUGCCACUGCUUUUGCGGCUCAUCUCAGUGGUAAACAGUAA